AUGUGGGAGUGUAAUCCUGAGAACCCUGAGAAGGAGGAUGGGUUCUACAGUCAGCUGACUUUUUCAGAACUGUUUGCUGAAGAUUCCGAUGAUGAAAACAACAGAACAUUUGUGGGUUUUGGCGACAGUGACCUUGAGGAUACAGGGUGCAAACAGCCUCCAAAAGAUCAAGAGCAGAAGACUGGCACCAGAUACUCCCUACGUGUUGCCUUCAAGAAGACUUACUACUCUGAGAGUAGUGAUGAAUCGGAGGAAGAACAAAACUCCUCUCCAGAGCCAGCUCCUGAAAAGGUCACUAAACAGCAACCCUCAGACUCUGAGGAGGAGCAACCUAAUGAUUUCUUACAGAGGAGGGAGAAGAACAUCCGUGACAACAAAGCUAUGCUGGCCAAAUUAAUGGCUGAUCUUGAGAAACUUCCAGGAAACCUGCUACCGGAUGCUGGUGACAAAGGUGGCAAUACCCAGAAAGUUAGGAGGGCUCCUCGUUCCUCUAUGGGCCUUCAGGAGUUGAGAAGGAACCCAGAACGUACAAGUCGCCGGCACACUCGUUCUAUGGGAGGUGUGCAGCCUCCAUCUCCUGAAGCUGAAAGACGGCAGCAACUAAUGGAUAGUCUGCAAGAUGAUCUACUAGCUCAGGGGGAAGUUACACCAAGAAGACGUCGUGCCCCUCGGCCAAGUGUUCUCACUAUUCCCCAUGUGGUGCGUCCAGUUGAAGAGAUAACAGAGGAUGAUCUAAAAAAUGUUGCUGAUUCUGUGAAGUACAAAGUGUACAACACAGUUCAUGGCUCUACCUGCCACCAGUGUCGUCAGAAAACUGUGGAUACAAAAACCAAUUGUCGCAAUAUGGAGUGUCAGGGCAUUCGUGGACAGUUCUGUGGACCAUGCUUACGGAACAGAUAUGGAGAGGAUGUGAGGAAGGCUCUUUUGGAUCCUGACUGGCAAUGCCCUCCCUGCAGAGGCAUCUGUAACUGUAGCUUCUGCCGCCAGAGAGAAGGCCGUUGUGCCACUGGGAUACUCUUCCCUUUGGCACGUUAUCAUGGCUAUAGUGAUGUUCACUCUUAUCUAAACAGGUAUAUCCCCAUCUUGAUUUUCUCCCGUUCUGUGAGUGAACCUUUUGCACCAAUUAGACAAAUGUCUCAACAUCUUCUGACACUUUGA